ACAGAGCCCGCUGCCCACGUGACGCGCGGCGGGUACCUGCGCGGCGGGCGGCGGGGCGGGCGGGCAUUGUCCGCCGGCAGCGCAGCGCGGCGCGGCGGGAGGGCGGAGGAGGACGGGCGCUGUGCCAGCACCAGCACCGGGCGACGCUGCCUCACCUCACCCCCUCCCCCUUUAUCCUUCCUCCUCCUCCUCCUCCUCCUCGUCGUCCUCCCCCCCCUCCCCGCCGCGGCGGCCCCCUCGAGCGCCCGCCCUAAGAUGGCUGAUGGUGGGCGGUGAGGCGCCGCGCGGGGCUGCGGGCGGCCGUUGCCGGCCGGCGAGAAGCGGGGGCGGCUGAGGGGCGGCACAGCCCGGCACGGCACAGCCCGGCACGGCACAGUCCGGCACGGCACGGGGCUCGGUCCGCGCAGCGCCAUGUCCGCCUUCGCGCUGGAGGAGACGCUGGAGGCCGACUGGGUGGCCGUGAGGCCUCACGCCUUCCAGGAGCGCGAGAAGCACAAGUUCGUCUUCAUCGUGGCCUGGAACGAGAUCGAGGGCAAGUUCGCCAUCACCUGCCACAACCGCACGGCGCAGCGGCAGCGCAGCGGGUCCCGCGACGUGCGGCGAGCCGGGGCCGAGGCCGGAGCCACCGCCGCUGCCGCCUCCAAGGCGCUGCGCAGGGGCCCGGCCUGCGGCCCCGACCCCCCCGUCCCGGCCCGGAGCCCGCUGCGCGCCCGGGGCGGCCCGUCCCGCAGGCCGUCGCGGGGCCCGGAGGCGGCGGGUGGCGCCGCGGAAGAUAUCGAAGUGCUGGAGCUGGGCAGGGAGGAGGCGGCCGGCUCGCUGUCGUCGUCUCCGCCGCCGUCGCCGCUGCAGGCAGCCGAGCCGUCCGCUCCCGACGCGGAGCCGGCGGGGGAGGAGUGCAGCUGGGCCGGGCUCUUCUCCUUCCAGGACCUGCGGGCCGUGCACCAGCAGCUGUGCUCGGUGAACUCGGAGCUGGAGCCCUACCUGCCCGCCUUCCCCGAGGAGCCCUCGGGCAUGUGGACGGUGCUGUUCGGGGCCCCCGAGCUGUCCGAGCAGGAGAUGGACGCGCUCUGCUACAAGCUGCAGGUCUACUUGGUCCACUGCUUGGACACCUGCGGCUGGAAGAUCCUCUCGCAGGUGCUCUUCACCGAGACGGACGACCCCGAAGAGUACUACGAGAGCCUGAGUGAGCUGCGGCAAAAGGGGUACGAGGAGGUGCUGCAGCGGGCCCGCAGGCGGAUCCAGGAGCUUCUGGAGAAACACAAAAACACAGAAAGCAUGGUCGAGCUGCUUGAACUGUAUCAGAUGGAAGAUGAAGCCUACAGUAGUCUUGCAGAAGCUACUACGGAGCUCUACCAGUACUUAUUACAACCAUUCCGAGAUAUGAGGGAACUUGCAAUGCUUAGAAGACAGCAGAUAAAGAUCUCAAUAGCGAAUGAUUACCUAGGCCCCAGAAGAAUUGAGAGUCUGCAAAAAGAAGAUGCCGAUUGGCAGAGAAAAGCCCACAUGGCUGUGCUUUCUAUUCAAGAUCUUACGGUUAAAUACUUUGAAAUAACAGCUAAAGCACAGAAAGCUGUGUAUGAUCGAAUGCGAGCAGACCAGAAAAAAUUCGGUAAGGCAGCAUGGGCAGCAGCAGUGGAACGUAUGGAAAAGCUUCAGUAUGCAGUUUCUAAGGAGACUUUGCAGUUGAUGCGUGCUAAAGAAAUCUGUUUGGAGCAGAAGAAACAUGCAUUGAAAGAAGAGAUGCAAAGUCUGAAGGGUGGUACAGAAGCCAUAGCCCAUUUGGACCAGUUAGAAGCUGAUUAUUACGAUCUACAGCUUCAAUUAUAUGAAGUGCAGUUUGAGAUCCUAAAAUAUGAAGAGCUACUGCUGACAGCACAACUUGAAAGCAUCAGAAGACUGAUGUCAGAGAAGAGAGAUGAAGUGGUAUAUUAUGACACUUACGAAAGUAUGGAAGCCAUGCUUGAAAAAGAGGAUAUGGCAACAUCUGCACACUUGCAAAAAGAGGAGCUGCAAAAAUUGCAACAAAAAAUUCGCCAGCUGGAAGCAAGGCGUGGACGUAUUUCAGCCAAGAAAGCCUACCUCAGAAAUAAAAAGGAGAUUUGUAUUGCAAAGCAUAAUGAAAAGAUCCAGCAGCAUCACCAGAGUGAGGAGGAGUACAAAAUGCACCAUAAUGUUCAGCUGAAGCGAGAUCAGCUACAAGAUGAAGAGGAAAGAAAGAGCUCCUGGGUUAGUCAGGAACGACAGAAAACACUGGACAGACUUCGCACAUUUAAGCAGCGGUACCCUGGGCAAGUAAUACUUAAAUCAACCAGACUACGACUGGCUCAUGCAAGAAGAAAAUGUGCAGCCAGUUCGGUGUCCUCUGUAGAUCAGCCUCAAUCUUUGCCAGCAACCAUACAAACCCAAGAUAAAAGUGAAGAGGUGGAAUUGGAAAAUGCAGUUCAGCCUUUGCAAGUGCAGGAAUCCACAAGCUUAGAACAACUUCAAGAUGUCUCGUUACCUCCCAAUGGUGUUACCUCUGAACUGCCUCAUGUUAGUACUUCUCCACUCAUCAGUAAUGAGUUUCAAACAGAGACUGUUACUGUAGUACCACUUCCACCCCCUUUGCCUCCGCCUCCUCCACCUCCGCCUCCACCCUUGCCAUCAAAAGAAGAUGCCACCAAAUCCUUAGAGAAAAGUGACAGCUUUGUUAAACGUCAAAGUGAAGAGAAGGGAGUCCAGCACUCUUCCAGUGUCCCAACAGCACAUCUGUUUGACAGCAGUCAGCUAGUCAGUGCCAAGAAGAAGCUUAAGAAGACAGGUGAUCUAGAGGGUUUACAGAGAAGGAGAGUGAGUUCCCCGAUGGAUGAAGUGCUGGCUUCCUUGAAGCGUGGGAGCUUUCACUUAAGAAAAGUUGAGCAGAGAAGUCUCCCUCCUUUUCCUGAUGAAGAUGAUAGCAAUAACAUCUUGGCACAGAUCAGGAAAGGAGUGAAACUGAAGAAAGUGCAGAAAGAUGUUUUGAGAGAAUCCUUUACAAUUCUGCCUGAUACUGACCCUCUGACAAGGAGCAUCCAUGAAGCAUUGCGACGAAUUAAGGAAGCAUCACCUGAAUCAGAGGAUGAAGAGGAGAGUUUACCUUGCACAGACUGGGAAAAUUAACCUGUAAUUAACUUACAUUUAAAAAAUCUAUUUCUUCAACAUUUUUAUAACAAUAGCUGCUAAGCCUCAGGUUAUGCAAUCUAGGGGACAUAGUAUGAAUGUGACUAAACUGUCUGAUGUACAACAUGACAAAACAUGCACAUAUGAAUUUAGUAUCACUGACUUUUCGAAAGAAUUUUAGGUUUCUAUUAAGAAAAAGUUUUAUAAGGCAACAUCUUAGUCCUGUUCUUGUUUGAAUACUUUUGCUGAAUAGUGACAGGACUGCUCCUUUAUAAAGCUCUAUUUUAUUUAGUAAAUUUGAAGGGACUGUUUGCAGCUUAUAAAAUAGCUUAAAAAUGCUUUUAAGUAACAAAGCAGCACAGUCACUCUUCGACAUACCCUGUAAUUAUUUUCUAAUUACCUUUGGCCUUGUAAAAAUGUAGUGUUUACUACUUCUGACUGAAUAGCUCCAAAUCAAGGAUGAUUAGAUUUGACUGCUGGACACACUGAAAUCUCAUUGGUUAUCCUGUGUGACUGACUCUUUGAUAGCUUGGUUUCAAUUUGUGAACACUGACUUAAUUGAAUUUCUAAACUAUACACAGUAAAUGUACAAUUUAUGCUUCUGCUACUCAUACAAAUCCCAUGAACUUUAUAUUAAAUUACAGUGCUCGAAAGUACAGAUAUUAGACUUCAGCAGAUGAAGUUAGUGAUUUCAGAACAAAAUAGAGAUUGGCAAGAAAGGAGUUUUCACAUUUAAGGUUGUAUCAGCCUUAAUUCUUGAUUACAACAGCACUGUCCUUCUCUGGUGAUUCUUUUCUGCUACUGGUGUGCAGAUGAGCUUAAGUCUGAAUGAAGGGUCCCACUAAACUUAUUUGUGAGUAUUUAAAAUCUGGAGAAAAGAGAGGUGGGAGAAUCUUUAAGGAAUUUAAAAAUCUGUUCAGAACUCGAAGAGUAUGGAAGAUAAAUAUUUACAAUCCUUGCAACACAGCUAGCAGUAGGAAGAAGAUAACCUUUUGGAUGCUUUCAAUCAGGCAAUUCUAUACUGGUUAUUUUUUACUGUAGCUGGAGAGUGGCUAAUUGGUACAGCUAUUUAAGAAGUGAUGGUGAUGUAACUCAUCAUCUGCUGAAUAUUGUUGCGAUUAUAUAAUACUGUCUCAAAUUGUUCACUGGUAUGCCAUUUUCAAAUAAUUCUAUUUAAAAUUUUUAAAAAGGAAAAUAAAUGUUGCUUUUUUUUUCUCAUGAAAUAGCAAAUCACUAGUGUGGCCAAUACCUACUGUUUAACUAUGGUGUGUUCCUACUAUCUGAAACAUACUACUUUUGGAGUUAAAAAUCACGGAGUGCAGAUGUACUAAACUUGUGCUGAAACUCUAAGUUCUCUAUUAGUUUGCAUACUGAAAACUCCCAUUGCCACAGCCCUUUAGAAAUCAAGUCAUAGCUAUAAGAAACUUGCCUUGGAAUUGACUUGGUUUCUUGAUGUAAUUAUUCCCUCUUCUUUUCCUAGAUAACCUAGCAAGAAUACUCUUUAACACUAUAGAACUCAUAAGAGAAUUUAUUCAGAAAUUACUUUUUUUUAAAUCUAAUUGGUGGACCCCCUAACCAUUUUCCAUUGGAACUGUAUCCUCUUAGAAUUUUUAUGCGUACAUUGCUGUACAAUAUAAAUACACACUUAAUACACACUUUUCUCUGCUGUCUUUCGCAGCCCUUUAGAAGCAGUUCAAAGUGUAGGUUGAAAAUCACAGCCAUGCAGUAUCUGUAGGGCCCAGUGCUUGUCUCCUUUUUAAAGAAGUACUGACCUGAAUAUGAAUUAUCUUGCCAGUUUACAGUUAAAGUCUUUUCCCUUUUUAAGGAUGUACUCCUGCCACAUGCUGAGGUCCCAACAAAUAGUUGGACCUAAAGCAGGGUGCAGUGUCACUGUUCUGUGUGUUUGCUCCUUGGAGUUUUCCAUACACCUGGGAUCUGCUCUCUUACCAGUAUCUUAUUUUGUUAUGAAAACAAUCCUGUUUUCAUGAGAUGAGACUUUAAAUUCAUGCUAUGGAAUUAUGUGAAAUAAUCUGAUAGACCAGAAAGUUGAAACAAAGCCCAUGUGAAAUUCAGCUGAAUGAAUACUUUUCACAUAGAUGAGUGUGCUUGCUUGAUCAUGUAGACUGAUCACCUAGAAUUUAUUACACAGGAAUAAAAUCUAACAGAAACCUGUUGUAGAAUAAUGUUUCUUCCUAUUAUCAGUUAUUGCUGUUCUCAGUUUAAUACCAUGCUUUAUUUAAAAAAGAAAAGAAUGAUCUACUGAUUUUUAAGUUAAGCUCUGCAUAUCCAAAAAUAGCUGCAUGGAAAUUUUAGGAUCAAAGAAGUUAUAUAAAAGUAUAUUGGCACCUUUGUUACAAACUUUGUUUAAUAUGUACACAUCGUUGUAGGCUAAAUGUAAUGCAAUUAUUUGCCUUAAGAAUGAAAGCUAAAUUUGAUAUUAUUUAUGUUUAUCAAAUGCCAAAAAGUGUCUUAGUGCACGUGCAGUAGAGGAAAGAGUAUUAACAAUGUACACUGAAGUCAUUUCCUUCAUUAUUGAAGUUUGAAGAUAAAAUAAUAGUAAUUAGUUCUUGCAGGACACCUAGUUAUCUCUUUUAUUAGCUGCUGUAUGGGUUAACUUCUGUGUAAAGUUAUGUUACUACCUUUUCUUUAAGAGCACUCCCUUCCUUAUGGACACUCUAAGCCACGUACAAUAAUGUUGAGGCAUUCCAUGUAUCUGAAGUACAGCUGAACAACCAUUGUAAAGAUGUAGUAGCUUCCAUACAAUAGUACAGAAUCUUGGUUAGACCUAGGAGCAAAGAGAACCAAGGCUUUUAAAGACAUAACUUAGUACUGCAUGUUGGAAUUGCCUAAUACAUUGAUCAGAGAGGAUUUGUAAAGCUGUUUAGCUUUUCAGAUGUUCCUUUUUUUUUUUUUUCCCCAAACAGGUGAUUUACAGCCACUGGAGUGAGAAAAGAAACCCCAGUUGAAGAUUACUUUUCCUCUUCAUUUCUGAAUAUUGAGAGCCAGCAGUUUUGACCAUCAAUUCCCCAGGAGGUUUUUUGGCAAAGAAAUAGCCUUUCUUUGGCAAAAGAUUUAGCACCUGGAAAAAAUGACCUGAAAUGUUACUUUUCAGAUCACUUUUUUCUUUAUUUGUUCCAAAAUUCUGGUUUGAGUAGAAAGCUAAGUUGUGUAGACGUGCAUUUCAUAUAACCAAGAAUGCCCAAUUCUAAAGCACUUUUCAUAUUUCUGUUAUUAAUGUGUGGCCAGUUAAGUGAAGGGAGUAUUUUGAGUUGAGAGAAUACUUGCAUUUAACUAACUUUGGGAUUUGGCUGAAACAACAGCUAUAAAAUCUACCCUUCACUGCACUGAAUAUAUCAUCUGCUUGAAAACCAAUUAAAUAGCUCCUUGCAGAGAAGCUUGCUGCGUAGCAGUGUGAUGUUACAGAAAGAGCAGAAUUCCUAGUUGCACUACUGUAGCUGAAAUUCAGUAUUGUGCAACCAAGAUUUUUUUCUUCUUAGUUUGAAGAAUUGUGUGUCAGGAUGAAAAAUAACAUGUGACUACAACAUAAUGAGAAGUAAGAGUUGAAUUCAGUACAUAUUCAAGAAUGUAUUUGUUUCCAGUAUGGUACAAUUUAGCAAGACAUACUGCAGCACCUUUUUAGAAGGUCAUUUGUAGUAUUAAACCUUUUUAAAGUAGACAUUCUCAUGCUUUUUAAAAAUAAUAUUUAGCUAUGCUAAACCAAGUUAGUUAUACUUUAUCAUUUAUUAUAAGAAGCAAUAUUUUGUAAUUUCAUACUUAAAAUUAUUUUUCUUUUUGGUUUAAAAUGGCUUUGUUUGAAUACUGUAAGCAGCCUCCUUUAAGAAAAGAUCAAAGCACUUAAACAUACUAAUACUUCAGUUGCUUCUCUUGCUAUUUUUUAUUAUUCUCUUUAGUGGCUGCAAAAAAAUAUUUGUAUUUCAUACCCAAAAGCCUGUUGUCUGAAAAAAGUUUCCUUUUGAUCAUGAAUAUUUUUUUUCAAAGGAGAGUUAUAAUUUCCUCUGCAGUGAAUUCUUAGUAAUAACCCUAAGCUUCAUGGCUAAUGGCUGCAGGCAGCUACACUUACAAUAAACAUCACAAUAAUAAGAGGUAUGCCAGUACAGAGAGAUAGUAUUGACUAUUUAGAAACUCCAUGUGAUAUUAGAAUAAAAAAGACCAUUAAAGUUUUAAGGAAGCUAAGCUUUUACUAGCAUUAUAUUUUUACUAGCAUGACAUACACUGUGUUUGAGAAGUACACAAUCCCUGUCCUUUGUGUAGUGUGUUCCAUUCACUUUUCCUUUUGUGAAGAACAAACUACUAUGUGAAUGACUUUUUUUUUUAAGUGGAAUUAUGCAUCGCUGCUGUCACAUAACGGAACAUGUACUGUGUCAGUGCUUAUAACAGGAGAUUUCAUGUCUUGCCAUUUACUUUUAUAAACAGGAGCAGGAGUACUUACCUUAGCAACAGGCUAUAUAACCUACAGGAACCUCAGAUGUUGGACCCUUCAGCUGUUUUGCUGUGGCUGUCCUGAAAUUAAAGCUCUAUCAAACAUCUCAAAUGGAUGCCACUUUACCCUUGCUAUUGACAGGCAUCUUCUUAACCUUGUUGCCUUAUUUAUAGUUAGUGAACAUUCAUUUUCAAAGCACCCAUGAGCAGCAUUAUUCCAGAGAUGUAUUGAUUUUGCAGUAUGUAUUCGUUGCCAGGUCUGUAUGCUUUUCUCCUGAGAAGAUCAGCUCUAUAAAAUGCUUGAUAUUGGCUUUCUAAGGACCUAAAACCACAAGGUAUAUUUUUCAUAAAUUGCUUCUCUUAACUCGAGUUAGAUGGUGUGGUUAUAAGCUGUCUAAUACCACGCUCAUGCAGCAAUAAUAGUAAUUUCAAAGUUUAUCAUUAUCAUCUGACAUUGACUGUACUGUAACCUGUGGCGUGUUUUUGCUCUAUGUUCGUCUACACUUCCAGUCAUACCACACUUGAAACUGAGUUAAUCAAAUAAUUUUUUGGCCAUAGCACAAAGCAGAAUUAUGAUGUAGAAUGGUAAUUCAAAUUACAUAGUUCAUCUGAAUCUUUGUGCUAUAUUAAUUAGUGGUGAUUGAGCAACUUCUUUGUCAAUUUUCUCCUGUUUUCCAGCCUGCAUUUUUAUUCCUUACAGUAUGCAUAUGGGACACUAGCAAAAUUCCAAGUCAAGAGAAAAUAGUGUAAUUUUAUGAUACAGGUGCAACGGUCCCUUUGCACAGUGUUUGUGUCUACAGUUUACCAUUGUGUUGUGAUAUAUCUAAAUAGCUCAAUGCUUUACUGUACUACAAUCUUCAGAUUUAUUUGCCAUGUGAUCUGUCGACUUUGCCUUGAAAAUGUGUGCAUGAUGAGAAAAAAUACAAAAUUACUGUCCUUAAUCUGUUUUAUAUUUAGUUGAAAUCGUAGAUUCCUGUAAUAGCUUAGUUUAUAGAAAUGGACUUCUCAUAGUAGCAAGUGUUUUAUGUGCACACAAGUAGAAGUUGUUAUGCUGAGCAAAGCAGUUUAUAUCAGUUCAGAACUGCCAUCUUCCGUGUGGAAAGUAAAUGUUUUUUUUCCCCCGCAUACUGCUGAAAGCCCAAAUGCUUGAUUUUAAUCUUCCAUGAGUCCCUAGAUGUCACAGUUUCACGUAAGUCUCCAUUGUGAUAUAAAAAUUGUGCAUAUGUAGAGUACAGUUAAUGCAUAAAACUUCCCAUCCUUCUCUGCAAUGUGAAGUUCUGCAGUGGGAUGGCUGGAGCAGCAAAUGGGGGAAGUAUAUCCACAAGAAACUUAGAGAAAUUACGACAAUCCUACAUUAAAUUUGGUUCCUCCGUAGCUAAGAAAAGUUCUGAUGAAUAUGUUGGUCCUUGAGAAAUUGUAGCAAGCAUCACGACAGAAAAAAACAGUUAAACAUAUGCACAGAAAGAGAGCCUCAUUGUGGUGGCUGCCUUUGUCUGUUGUUAGUCAUUUAUCUUAAGCAGUGUGUCUGUUUUCAGGCUUUUUCGAUCUUUAGAAACGUGCUUUCUUGCUUCAAGUUAAAGCUGUUGUAGUAUUGUAUAACGGAUCCGGUGAGAUAAAGAGUUGGAGUGCAUAAUGUUUAUUUUGUAAAUGCUUGUUGAGGACUGAAAAAUCUUGUAUGAGUGGGAACAGGAAAUACUGAAUUUCUGUUUACAUAACCAAAAUGUAAGGUAAACAGGAAGUUUUUCCUCAGAAAUAGAGUUUGCAUCAACAUUAAUUUCAUCCUCUCAUUCACAGAAGUUCCAGAUCCUUUAAAAAAUUACCAAUAUUCUUAGUUUGUUCACUUUCUUACUGUUCUCAUGUCUUAGUUAAAUAACCUGUCUAGGGUAGAUGAAUGCUUUUUUACCUUCCUUAAGCAUCACUUUUAAUUUUUCAUUUUUUAAAUCUGAUAGUCUGCAUCCUACACCAGACACCUUUAAAACAAAUUAGUAUAAUUAUAUAUUGUGUUCUUUUGUGGCUGCAUCAGGGGUAGGACUCAACACACUUCAUUACAUUAUUUGUAAAGAAUCAUUUUGAGUAUAAGCACUAUAUUCUGUAAUGUCUAUUAUUAAAGUAAUGACAGGUGCGUUAUUGAAGAUGCAACUUAUUGAGAAGAGGAAACAGAAACCUGUAUUGUUUAAUGUUCCCCUUAUUCGUUUGUUGCGCUGAAUUUCAAGAGUAAUUUGUAAAUCAACUUCGUUCACACGUCUAUCAGAUUUUAUUUUCAUUGUAAUGCUUAUGUAAUUAAGUUACCCAUAUAUGUUUCUGGUAAUGAUCCCAUAAGCAUGGACAAUAUAUUGUUAUGUUUAGCACUACAGAAUUAAUGUUAAGAACAAGCGAAGCUUAUUGCAAAGAAAAGGAGCAAACAAGCACCUUACUGUUGCUUAAUUUGAGCGUGUUGCAUAAUUUCAGUGCUAUGGGAGCUGACAGACAGUAGGUCAUUCUAAGCUUGACUGCAAAUUGCUCUUUGGUGUAAGCACAUUGACAUACUGCUAUCAAUGCUGUAAAAAGUACAGCAAUGGCUGUUUUUAACCUAUAAAUAUACUGUAAUUUAAAUUUUUCCUACAAAACAAAUUUAUAUUUAAUUGCUGCCUAAGACAUGUACGUAAAAUUAGGAUUUUUAGCAGGGUUGAGGGUGGGUGGGCAUGCCAGCUUAUUUUGGGGAUGGGUUGUUGUAUAUACAUUUCUUUGCACUUCCUGUUCAGUUUAACUAUUAAUCCAAAACUCCCAGCUCUGACUGUCGUGAGUCUGCAACCUGACACUUACGUAUUUUUAUUCAGGUCUGCUAUAUUCUGUGGCACAGAGCUUCAGAAUUUGACAGAAAAGGUCUUUCCAUUCUCAAAUGUGAAUACUCUGAUGUACCUCUAACAUGGAAAAUGACCAAGCAAUGAAUUUUACUCUGCUGAGUUUAAUGUUACUGUGGAGUAUUAUUUAAAGCUGAUAUCUAAGGCUGUUAACCAAUGGUGUGUCCAUUUGGGAAAAGUAAGAAGGGUGAUUGUUAUUUCAGUGGGUAUAGUCCAAACUCUGCAGAGAUUUUAUUCUAGAUACUGUCACCUGUUCAGUAACUAGUUUGCCUUAGACUGGCUUGACUUUCAGAUUCUUUCAGGAGCAUUUUUUUUAUUUCUGAAUUACAGAAUAGAUAUUGGGGAUAAGGGACACUUCGUGUGUCCCAGCACAUUAUUAUAGUUGCUAUAUGUUUUGGAUUUUGUCUUACAUAUUUAUGAAUACAUCAUUAUAAGAUGAAAGGAAUAUAGAUGGCUGCAGAUUGUCUUGCAUGAAUGACAUCAGUAAAGGUAAAUGACACUAGCUUCUUUUUUUAAGCCUGUUGAAUAAAAAAUAAUCAAACCAGUUUGCCAUUCACUAGCUUUGUGCAAUAUUAUUGGUAGAAUCAAACACUAGCACACUGUGCUUGGCUUUAAGGAAGCUCUUUAACACCAUUAUAUUCAAAAGAACAUAUUAAAUGCAUAUUUUAUUGUAAACAACUGCAAAUUUGCUAUACCUACAAAUGCUUAAUGGUAUAAAGUAUUAAGCAACAAGUAUCUUUAAGAAAAAAGGUAAAAAACUAAGCAAAAAUUUCCAGCAAUACCUAAAAACUAAAAAAAAAAAACAAAAACACUUAACUGUCUGCCUUUUGCUCUUUUUUCUUUACUGCGGCUUUUCUGCAAUGCAAUUUUAUUGCUGUGUAUCAUGGUUUUUUAUUUUCUUGACUCAGAAGUUCAAACCUGUACACAAAGUACUGAACUCACCUUCUUCUACAUGCGAUGUAACAUCAUACUCACAGUUUUGGUGCUUAAAAAUGAUUCCUUUUUUCUUUAUUAAAGGAUAUUUAUUUGACCACUGUCCUGUUUUUACUUUGCGUAUAUAGCAAUGUUUAAAAAAAAUAUAUAUAGUUUGGUUCCCACAAAAAAAAAUAAAAAACAACAACAAAAAAACAUAUAUACUAAAGUUUCCAUUGUUAUUCUUUUAGUUCUUCAAGCUGCGUUACUGCCAUUGCUUAAUGGCAGAUGAUUGUGUAUAAGCUAUGUUGCAGCAAGGAGUAAUAUCUUUGUAAAUUGUUAUAUAAAUAAAUUAGGUAUUACAGAAGAACCUUGCUCUUAAGUAAUGCAGGAUAAUUGAGCUUAAAUACAAAUAAAAAAUAGUUUCCAUCUCUUAAUGAAAAGACAAAAACAGAGCAGAAAUUUAAGUCCAGAAAUGUUAAGAGCUUUGAUCCCUUAUUGCAGUCUCCUACAUUUUAGAGCUAGCUAGAGACAAUGGCAUUCUGUGGAGAGAGAGAGCAAGCCUCCAACUGCAAUCACUUAAUUUACAAAGAGCAGUAAUGAUAAUGGAAAAGCUCAAAUUGAAAACCUUCACUAUUUUUGCUUUUUUGGUGUAAGUGCAAUAUAAUAUUUCAAAAACAAACUAGAUCAUGCAUGAAUAAUUCAGAUAUUUUAGAAGUAUCAUUAUGAGUGUUUUGAAGAGAAAGGUUCUACCUGUUUUCUGAAGGAAAAAUACCCUAAAAUCCACAGCUGAUCAUUUCCCAGACUCGUGUUGCCAGCUGUUGUUUUUCUGUUUGUUUUGUGUGUGUGUGUGUGUGUGUGUUUUUAAGUAAUACCACAAAAUGAAUAUUAUCUAGAGAUAAAACUACAAAAAUACUCAUGGUGCACAGAGGUCUGUUUGCAUUGUGCACCUUUUUCCUUUCAAUCUCGUGUUUCUGGUACAAGAACCGCACUGCAGGUAAGUCAAUGUAGGCAGAUUCUAUGCCCAGCUGGUCCUUUAACAUGAAAAAAUAAAAAAUAUAAAAAAAUAAAAAUAAACUAUGUGCUUAAUGCAAUAAGAACUGUUUAGAGCUAUAUAAUCCUCAGAAAACAAGAAAAAGUUACGAUGUUUCUAAUAGCAACCUGAAACAAAGGUUUGCUGGCAAUACAAACCUACACUGCAAAGAGUCUCAUCAAAAUACAAAUCAAAAUUUUACUUGUAUUGUUGUUCGCCUCUGGUAAUAAUGGCAUACACUAUUAAUUUUGCACUGUGGCAGAACAAGUAGGAAGCCUGCUUUGAAAUAAGCAAAUUCUUCAGUCAUCUCUGAUUAUUGCUUGCGAAAGAUGAGGAUUAUGUUUGUAGCCACGGUCUAUUCCUAAAUGCUUUCACUGUGCUCAGCAGCAUGUGCUCACAUCUGGCCUGGCAAGUCUGCUUCCACACACGUUUUGCUCCACAGAACAAACUUGUAUUUAAGAGCAUUUGUUGCCAUCAGCUGCUGUCUACUCUGGCAUUGGCUCGAGCAGGUAAGUCGCUCCUUUUUUAAUCACUUCUUGGGGUAUUCCUACAGGCUGGAAGUAUGUCUAAUGCAUGCAUCAGAUUUGCGAAUUAGUGAAUAGAUCUGGAUGCACACUUCCAAGGCAGUCGUGUGCUACUCAGAAUAAGGCCUAAAUGUUUGCACAACACAUAGAAGAUGGGAGAUGGGUAGAACCAUCAUUUAUUUUUUUUUCAUAUUAGUUACACGUCAGAUGUAAAGGAAAGGUACAUUGUAAAUAAAUAUUCAUUGGGCCACAGUCCAUCUCAAAGUUAUAAAACAACACCUCUUUCUCACAGAAAUCAUUGGUAUAUUUAGGGUUUGUUCACAUUCCACCAGUUUAUGAUCAGCAGAGGGGAUGUGGGGAAGGGAGAGAUAAAUAUGGUAAUUGAGUUUGUUCCAAAACCUGAGAAAUGUUCCUUUUCUCGGAAGUGCUUAUGCUGCUUCCCAUUGUACAGGUUUUGCUCCUCCUGUUGUAGCAGGGAGGUUAUAGUGAGCCACCAGUGUGUCAGCACCGCCAGCAAAGCCCGAGCUUUAUGCUCACGCCACAAACAGCUUAUCUAGAUCUAAUGCCAUGAAGUUUUGUUGAUGUGUUUUUUCCUCUUUUAGGAUGGAGCAAUGUAAUUAACUGUAAAACAUCAUCUGUAAAUUUCAGGUGUAGCAUGUAGGCCAUGUAAGUGAUGCAAGCAUCGCUUUGUUGAUACUGCAAAAGAUUACUCCAAAGGUUUUACCAGGUGACUACUGGCAUGGCCACGUGGCCAGCCCUGGGUGCAGGCAUGACCAGUUUUCCAUCCUGCAGAACUGCAGACCUGCAGUCGUCUUGCUGCCAUCGCGAUGCCCUCCUGCCCCUUCCCCAUUUACUUCGAGACUCAGCUGUGUAACUCUCUCUAGACUUCAUGCAAAUCUGCACGCCUGCCGUGCUGACUGCCUUGACUUUUGUUAACGUGACAAAAGAUGGCAAAUCUUUUAAGAUGGGGAUCUUAUUAAUGUUUACAAAUAUCUUAAAUGUGGGAGACAGAGGGAUUUGGCCAACCUCUUUUCAGUGGUUUGUGGGGACAGGACAAGGGGCAAUGGCCACAAGAUGAAGCACAGGAAGUUCCACACCAACAUGCGAAAGAACUUCUUCACGGUGAGGGUGACGGAGCACUGUAACAGGCUGCCCAGGGAGGUUGUGGAGUCUCCUUCUCUGGAGAUAUCCAAGGCCCGUCUGGACGCCUACCUGGGCAGCCUGCUCUAGGGAACCUGCUUUGGCAGGGGGGUUGGACCCGAUGAUCUCUUGAGGUCCCUUCCAACCCCUACCAUUCUGUGAUUCUGAGAUCUCCCGUGACACCUUGCCUCGGUGGGGAGGACUGGUGGAUAGAAAUAGGCAGAGAUUCUUGCCUGUGCUAUUACAGCUGCUGCCUGUCUGCGCUAGUGCUGGGGCAUGCCCUUUCCCCUUUAAUCAACCAAAACUGGCAAAAAAACACCCCACUGCAUUCAAGAUCAGGCAUCUGCCACCUUCUCCCAUCAUUCCUACUAUAACUGUGAGCUGUCUGUGAUGUUUGUUGGAGGCUUGUGCCAGAGAUAAUCGCUUGUAUUAUCUUUUCACUUUCUCCUUGCCACCAAAGACAGUAGGUGAUUUCUCUGAGUGUGAUUUCUCUUUUCACUAUCUGUGUCCUACAUUGCUUAUAGAAGGCCAAGCACAUUUAUUGUCUUUCAAGCAUCAUUUACUGUUUACUUCAUUUUUUAAUCUUUUCUAACUUGCAUCAUGCUCCCUCUGUAUUUUACUAUUUAAAAGUCACAGGAAUAACAAAAUCAAAGAAUCAUGCAAUACAUACAAAGCAUUUAUAUUGGCUAUACUUUUUCUUCCUCAAUAUUUUAUUUUGAUCCCAUUAAAUUUCAGUAGAAAUGCAUCUGAACUCUUAGUGUACAAAAUCAUCAACAUAUGCUCUAACUGCCAUGCAUGUUAACUACACAGUUUAACCACAACAGAUGUUUUAUGAAUCAACUUUAUAUGAAGCACCAUAAAGUGAUGACCUUUCUUUUUCCUCCUGUUCACUUGCUGAGAGUAAACUGACAGACGGAGUGGACCGAGACCCACAAAAAUAAAACAUUGACAAGCCAUUGCACACUACGCUUGGUUUUUAAUGACAUGUUGGAAAAUAAAAAGUCUUGAGUAGGCAUUAAGAAAUAAAUAAAUCACAUAGCCUAUCCCCUUGUUGCUGGAGCACAUACACCUAUGUUAUUCCUGUAAGUUUCCUGAGGGCUUUUAUUGGUGUAAGGUCACAGCCUCUGAAUGAGCCAUCACAGUGCCUAGAGGCUGAAGGCUAGUAACAUCAGGCCAUUAAUUGUCAUCCUGCCCACCACUGCUGUAUGAACAAAUUACGUUGUCCUCUCUGCAACAGACUAUUCAUGCAUCCCCUUGCUCCCCGCUGCUCCAAUACACACACACACACCUCACCCCGCUCUUCCACUCAUCAUUAAACCAAACAGCACCCGGAGGCUCAGCCUGGUGGAGGCCGGCCCUUUGAGAGGCCGGGACAUUCAGCCUCUAGACAUUCAGCCUCCAGUGCUCACAGCCAGCAGAUGCAACCAGGGAAAGCAACCUGCUGGUGAGUGAUGCUCAUAGCAUGUGUAUGCUGAUUUAAUCCUCUCUGGGAAAGGAUGGGAGGGGUGCAGAGCUCUAGUUUUCUCAGUCAAAGGUAGAAUUAAUUAAACAAGCUUGAUAGAGCAAAUUUCUGUUCAGGAAAUGAAAUUUUGUCACUUAAAAAAAAAAAAAAAAAAAAAGUCUACUCAGGCUGUGUGUCUGGUGAAAACACCUGCAGGUUGCCUACCAUGACAUGCUUUGCUGAGGUUUGUAUACAAACUAUCAUAUCUUAGCAAACACAUUUUAAUUUGCAGUAAGAAAUGUCAAACAGAAAUCUAACCAGCAUUUGCCAAGGCUGCACUAUCAGCGAUAUGGGGUUGACCUGUGUUCUGUUCUCAGCCAUCAGCUGCCCACAGAUCUGAAGUCCUUCUGCCUUACCAGGCCUAGACACACAGAUUUGCUGAAGUCCUUCCUUAGUGGAUGCUAAGUUUCAGGAAUGCUUCUGAAUAAGAGGGAAUGUAGUGCUGUUGGUACCAGCUUGCUUAAACUGAAUGCAAAAUUUAGGUCCUGCUCCUUCUGGAGCUUUCCCAGCAGCAGGGACCUACCUGUGCCCCAAGAGAUCAUGAAGUUUUUUUUUCCAUUAUUCCCUCAACAUGUCAUUGAGAUAGCAGAUUAUGGCUUGCCUUAAAAAAAAAAAUCUUGUGAAUACACUGAAAUCCUGUAAAUUACAAUUUAUGUUAUCUGCCAAGCCCUUCUGUCUGAUGAAGGCCUGAUUCCCUGAAAUGCCGUCACUGUUGCCACCAGUGUUUUCCACGCAGCAGCAUUUUCCAACGCAAGGCAGAGCUGUUCUUACAGGAGGUCGUGAAGCUCAGCUUAAAAUUUCCCCAGGUAAUGGCUCCCUCUUCUGGUGCUCUAAGAUAUCAAAGGAGCGAGUGACAAAAGCCUUCGACUUUACAGGCCGGAUCGCUACCUACCCAACCUGCCAGCCCAGGCUGGGAGCCUUGUGACAAGCUCUCCCAGUCUGAUUUAGGAAUACUGCAGCUGCAGUCUUUGUACAGUGACAUUUCCAAGCAGCACGCUUUGGUAACACUUGCUUAGAACAUGCCUGAUGCUUCCUCGUUGCCUCUUCUCCAAUUCUGUGGCUUUCCAAUGCCUCUAAGACUAAGUAAUGUUCAGACAGAAUCGACCUCACCCCAUACACACAUUUAUGUACCUUCUGUGCGCGUCUAAGUUGUAUUUAUGACAAGAACACAGAUGCAAAAAAAGGAAAAAGAAGAAAAAACAGGGUUGAAAUAAAGUUUGGACUUGUAGGUUCAAAAGAUAAAAGAAACCACCCCAAAUAAUACUUUCGUAAUUUCUUUUUCUUUCAAGUGGGUGGGGAAAAGGUGCUUAUAUCAAAACAGCAAGUUACUCUGCUUCUCUAAGAGCUGCUGAGCAAAAAUGCCCGUAUCCAGAUGCAGAGAGUGUUCUGCAGCAAAAGGGCUUGACCAGCAGUGACGGUGCUGCAACUCAAGUCAGCGGCUCCUGAACAAAGUUAGCAAACCCUUGGGAUGCCUCCAGGACGGGCAGGGGUGCAGCCAGCACCGCCACGAAUAGCAGGGAGUAGAGGGGAGUGGCGUGCAGGAUGCUCGCUCCAGAUGAACCCUUGUUUUUGCUCGGCUAUACCCUGCUAUCCUGGGUACUCUCACUAAGUAAAAGUCAAAGAGAAAACUGUGCUUUUCUUUGUUUUUAAGUUAUAUUUCUGGUUGCCACUGCUGUGGGUUCCUGAGGAACAACACUGCUGGAAUCAUAAAAGAACAGCAUAUUGAGAUGUAGAGAAAAAUUAUUUUUUUUACAUUUCCAUCUACUAGUUAAGGAUUGUGAUGUCUCUCUUGCAGAGAAGUACAAGAGCAUUUUGCUUCCCAUUUGCUUUUUUGUGUUUGUUUUUGUUUAAAGAAAAUUCUGCCAUGAUUUAACAAAUAUAAUCCAGACUAAGAGAACUUCAAAGGUCUUGUUCCUCUUGGAAAAGCUUAGCUUGCAAAUACCUAUAUGGCCAUAUGUAAUGUAACUCAAAAGGGGGAAAUCCAUCCACACAGAUUAUACUAAAACAUACCUUUUCAGUGUAGGUCUUCCUCUUCCCUUAGUACCUGGAUGCAUGUAGUGUUUGUGAUGGUCCGGGACUCUGCAUCCUUCUUGAGCUACUGGGAAAAAAAAUUCUUCCUCUUCAGAACUGUCACAGAAAUGUAAGUUCUCUUUCCAAAAAAAACUUCUGGGUUGCUACUCCCAGUCUAGUGGAGGCAUAGAGGGCUGGGACACUGCUGGAUCCAAUCCUUGCAGUGAGAUGAGACUUGCAUGAGAGUAGAUGAGAAUCCCCAGAGCAGGGAUGCCAGAACUACUUCAAAGUUAAAGACAAGAGAGAGAAAUCCCUCCUAAACCCAGCUAAGAACUUUGUUUCACAAACACCACAGAUGGUAGGAGCUGAGGGCAGGAAAAAUAGUAAGUGUCUUCACCCGCUGCAAGUGACUAAUACUGACAGCAAACCUCUAGACUUGUGAAGAUAAAAGAAUGGAAAGGAGUGGGUUUUGCAGACUGCCAGGAUUUGGCUCCGUUUAUAAAGCACAUGCCUAAUAACGCUGACCUCAGGAAGCAGUAGAGUUCUGGGGCAAGUCAGAUGUGCUCAACAUUGGCAUGAUGUGACAACCUAGGGGAAGCAGGACACAGAUUAACAAACUUUCUGUCACUGCUGCAUGGUUCGGAUGUUCUGUCCUCUGCUGUGCAAAACUUUCUUGCCUAUUUUACAGCUACUGGUGCCAUCUAAGGGAAUCCUUUUGAAAACUCUACACUCCCCCCCCUCCACAAAUCUGUAACAUCUUCGAUAGUUAUUCCUCCUUCCCAUGCCCGUCAGCAUAAGAACCAGCAUUUGAAAAUGACACAAACUACCACACGUUUUUCCAGCCAAGCUGAGCUUGUGCAGGACCAGGCUAGGAGGGAGAAAGCGUGUAUAAACUAGGCUUGUGUUUCUUUGGUCCUAGGAGGAGCUGCCACCAGUGCAGAGGCAGCACUGACAGCUGCAAGUCCCUGAGAGGUUGUGGCAGGCAAGCUAUGAGACCCCGUGAGAGUGAGCAGAAACCCACCCCACGACCCAGAGCUGUUGCAGGCACUGCGAUGCCAACCACUGCACCUGCCUGUUGGCUGCGUUGCUUAGCCAGGAUGGCGAAGGUGAGCUGAGCUGACUCUAGGAUCAAACUAAACUCCGUUUGUUGCUUCUGAACGUUUAACAGAAUGGGUGAAAUUCAUCGUACUUAUCUGAAGUAAGUGGAGUAAGCGAAGGAACUAAUUCUAUAAAGCAAAAAUCGGUAUUUUAGAAAAUGUCUACUACUCCGUAAAGUAUGUUCUCUGCUUAGCACCAUUCAGAGGUAGUGCACACAUGCAGCAUUAUUGAGAAAAUGUAAACAAGAUGAUCUGAACAUUGUUUUGCAUGGUCAGGUCCAUUUCUUGAAAAAAAAUCAGCAUAUAACUGUGCACUUAAUUGUCAUGUUCAGUUACCGAGACUACACCCAUUUCGCUAGAGUUUCUUGAUGUUUGUUUUUUUUCAAUUGUCUUUGACAUCCAAACCUAAUCUCCCUAUUGGACUGAUAUUUGGCCUCAAGAUCCAAGAUUUCUUUAACCAACCAAGUUGAGUGCUUUUGUUGACACACACAGUUCUGCAGAGAAUUAAAAUCUGCAACAUUUUCCCAGCCCUCUUUCCAUGCUGUAUUUCUGAAAAAAAAAAAAAUGAUUUUUGCCUUUGAAAUGAAUCUCCCAAUGAACGUGGUGGUGUUCACAGAUCGCUGUUCAGUAGCCACUUCAGUACAGAAUAUGAAAGAUGAUGUAAAAAGUAAGGUUUAUCCCCUUAUUGAAGGGGCUAACAUGGAGUUAGUCCCUAACUGGUAGAAAAAUGAACAGAAAACAGAAACCUUCCACAACUGACAAGACACAUCCCAAAAUAUUCAUCUUUAAUUGAUGCAUCGUUCAUUCCUGCAGGGUUUUUGUUAAAGGAAUUGUCCUGGGAAUGCCACCAAUAGCAUUAAACGAUACUUGUUUGUGUAACAUCUGGUUUAGCCCUUUAUUUAUUUAUAUUUUACCUGAAAAUGUGUUUUCGUAGAGACCAUAUAACAAUAUUUCCGCAUUAUCAGUUCAUUUUGUUCUCCUCUUUCCUGGGCAUAUUAGCCAGGAAAAGGAAUUCCCAGUCUGUAACAGACAUGAAUUCACACAUUUUACUUUGUCCACAUAGAAAAAUGCAUUUUCUGGAUCAUUGAGGCAGAUGGAUUAUGAACAAGACACUCAAAAACUAACUAUGCAGGCGGGGAUAUACUUACAAAAAUCUUUUAUGUCAAAGUCAGGAUUUCACAACAUAACACGCUAAUGCAAAAUCCAGUAGCACCUGAAAGAUUAAGGUAGCUGCUGCUAUCACUUGCACAUACUUGAAAAAGAUUUAAGGAAAAAAAUAAAGAGUAAAAGUACAUUCUCCAGAGAACAGCAAAUGUGUUUCAAAAUAAAAAUGGUAUUUUUGAUUUUUCUUUAGUUUUUGUUAGGUGUUUCUGUUUUUUUUUUUUUUCUGUAAUUCUUUUUGCCUUUUUUUUUUUUUUUUUUUUACACAUGCCUGUAGUUGCCAUAAAACAAAUUAUAUGUGAUGUGACUGUUUGCCUCUCCCAUGCAAGUUCUUGUUCUCAGGCUACAGUACUCAACACUGUCUUCAGGUAUACAUAUUCCCAUAGUUUCAUCAAAGAUAGAUACAAUUCUUUAUACCUGCCUCUGGGAAAAGUAACAUUUCAAACAGGCAAACUACUCUCUUAGAACAGAAUUGGAGAGGCUAUAGUAGGUCUAACCACCCAAGUAUGAACCUUAGGUUUCAGUUACUAAACACCCACCUACUGUAAAUAAACAAUAAAAAUACUCUUAGCAUUCAGAUUUUAUUUAUAUGUGCACGUAUGUCCACCAUAUCCCCAUAUUUAUGUUUAACAACUAUUUAGGAAUUCAAAGGUGCAGCCCUCAGUAAUUGUAAAAAAUGAAAUGAAGCAUAUCUACUGAAUGAGAAAAGAAAUUAUCAAAUAUCAAUUUCCAAUUUAAAAUUUAAUUUCAAUAGGAAAAUAUUAAAAAUGUGCACAUCUAAAUUUUUCCAUGUUCUUUAUAUACAUAUGUGUGUGUACGUAUACAUAGAAAUACUCAUGUACCACACAUAUUCACAAAAUUUAAGUGGAAAUAUUUCUGUCCACUAUUUUCCCACAUGUAAAUGACAUCAUAUCUUUAAAAAUGUCAAUAAUAAUAUCAUUAAAAAUAAUAUUACAUUUAUUCCAUCAUCAACUUUCUUUUGUUUUUAGUUUCUUCAUCCUUGUAUGUCCAUCGAGCAUUAAUGGGCCAGAUUUUCCUUGCACUUCCACAAAUGUUAUGCCAACUGAAUGUUGCUGACAGCACAUCAGAGACACAUCUGGUUUACAGCAGCACAAGUGACAGGAGAAUCAGGGCCAAACAUCACCAAGGUAAAUUAAAACCUGGUGAAACUUGCUCAUGUGGACCUGAUGAAGAUGUACACACCAUCGCCUAAAAUCCACCAAAUGAAAAACAUGUAGCUCACCACAAAGUUUUCAACCAGUAGCACGCUGAAUCAAGCUCCCCCCACCCCAUUAAUAAAUAAAAUAGGUGAGAAAAUACCCUAAAAAUAUGGAUAAAACUUAAACAUUGUGUACACUACAUACAGUAUAAUACAUGAUGGUUUAGCAUUUGACCUAAACCAUUUUCCUGACUAGUCAGGGGACACCUGAUAAAUCACUGGUAAAGAAAAAAAAACAAAACAAAACAAAAAAAACCCAAUAUCUUAGAAAUAAAGCAUGUAUUUCUAAUAUAAAUGAUAACCUGUGUGUAUUAUAUGGUAUAUACAUACAGUACACACAUAAAACAAACUUCUCUUUUCUAGUUUUCAAUAGCAGUCUCUAAGUGGAGAGCAUUGUGUUGUACAAAUUUAAUAAGCAGCUAGAUUUCAUGUUUAACAUUCAAAUUAAUUUGGGGAGCAAACAAAGGUCAGUGCAUCUUUCGACUCUGAAGUCUGACACUCAUUCGUACCUUUUAAAAAAGCCCUCUUCAAAGUUACAAGCAAUUUAUGACAAAAAUGUACUUUGAUGCGAGACACAUGACACUUGGCUUACCUUUGAAAGAGUUGUGUGUGUGUGUGUUCUUAAAUAAAUCUGUUAUAUAAAGACAUGUGUGUUUGCCAAAAGUCUGUUAAAAUUACAUCAGAACAACUUUAAAACCUGCUCACUGAGGAUAAUUGAAUUCAAUUAUUUCCUGUUUUUAAACAUUUAGUUAACAGUUCAGAAUAUUGCCUGGUGUCAUUUCAAUAAAGAUGUGAUAUGAAGACCCAUAAAAGAGUAAACAUGUCUCCAUUUCAAUUUGUUAUGACAACAAAACUUCUAGAAACAGCUUUCUUGGCAGGACAAGUUCAGUAUAUGAGUAAUCCCUUGCAAUAGCUCUAUGCUCUUAAUGCAGUCUAUAAUAAACGGUGCUCCCCAUAAGCCAUUAUAACAAAACCUGAAAUUCAUGUGACAUUCUGAAAAAGUCUCCUGCAGAACAGGCUAACAGUUAAUUCAACAUACAUAUUUGAUAUACGCAGCAAGGCCAGAAAACAAAUGACUGGCUAUUUCUUGUUACCUGUGCAAGUUAAAUUUUACAUUUAAAAUUCUCAUUUCUUUUUUUUUCUUUGUUUUUUUUUCUUUCUUUCUUUUUUUUUUUUUUUCCUGGGGGACUCACCUGCCAUCACUGGUUGGAUUCAGAAUACAAUUUAGUGGAAGAUAGUAUCUCACUGUAAUUACAUGGAAUUCACGUGAAAAAGUAAACCUUACAUUGGACAAUAUUGUAGAACACUUGAGUAAGUUCCAUAAAGAAAUACGGUCUUUUAUAUAAACUAAAAAAAAAAAAAAAGGCAAAACCAAAAGCAACAAACAAACAAGCAAAAAAACCAACCACCAACUGACCAA